AUGAGCCGGCUCUACAAUCAACACAACACCGAUAGAUACUGUGAGUUAGAACUCAAAAAGAAAGCAAUUACAGUUUUUCAGAAUGGUCGCGCAUUUAGCUGUCUGGUCUGUCCAACGUCCGGUGCGUGUUUAGAGCAUCGACACCCGCUGCAGCGUCUGAUUUCGUACGAUGAGUUGAUCGCAAAAUACGCGCGGAAGAUGAAUCGAGACCAGCAUGACGGUAUCAAGAUCUAUACCUGCCCGUACUGUGCCCUUGACCGUCUGACCGUUGACGCACUCUUCACGCAUUUGCGGAUUGCGCAUCAUACGUCCGCCGUUGGAGAAUCGCGAUUAGGAGAAGUUUACUGUCCAGUAUGCGUGUGCUUCAGGUUAGAAAAUGCAGCCGUCCAUAUCUGUUCCGAGGGAAGCCUUGCGGAUCACAUGUUGAGUAGGCACUGUUUUGCCAGCACGCAUCAGUACCAGGAAGAAUACCAGCUACGUAAGAAUUUCUGCUGCAACGAUGAAUUCGAACUCAUUCGGUUUCUGGCAACCUUUUUGCCGCCUACCAUUUUCUGCGGUGAAUCUUCGCUACUGGACGUACCCAUCGAUCAGGAUUCAAACUCAAAAAGAAUUCUAAACCAAUCGUUAUUAAUCUGCCCUAUAUGCUUGGAGACCAUCGACGACGAAGAUUGCCGGGAACUGAACCUAUGUUCCCAUCAAUUUCAUGCGGAUUGCAUCAACAGAUGGCUGCAGGAGAAAAAAUGCUGUCCUGUCUGCAGAUGUGAUUGCUCAUGA